AUGCGAUCUGCCGUUCUGCUUGCCCUCGUGGCGCCUGCCUGCGCCUCGCCCUCGCUCACGCCGCCUCGCCGACCGACGAGCCCCGCGCUGCGACCGCUCCCGCGCUCCUCCGCCGACUCCGUCCGCCGGCUGCGCGGCGGCGACGACGGGCCUGUCGCCGGGCUGCAGCGCGCCUACCUCGGGGUGCCUAUCGCGACGCGCAGCUGGCUCAGCGCGGUGCUCGGGCUUGCCGCCCUCUCGCAGGCCGGCCUGGUCUCGGAGGAGGCGCUGACGGUCGACGCCGCCGCCUUCUCCGGCCGGCUUCAGCUCUGGCGGCCGCUGACAGCGGCGGCCUUUGUCGGCGGCGUCGGGCCGCAGCUGCUACAGAAGCUGUACUACGGCAUCUCGUUUGGCCGGGAGCUGGAGCGCGAGCUGGGCACGCCCGAGUUCCUGCGGGCCUCCCUCUCUGUCGUGGCCUCGCUCACCCUCGUCUGCCACGUGCUCGGCUGGCCGCAUUCGGCCGACGGCCUCAUCAUGGCCGUCACGCUCCUCGCUUGCUUGCAGAACCCGGCGCGCUCGGUCUCGAUGUACGGGAUGGCGAUCCCGUACCAGUACCUGCCCCUCGCCCAGCUGGCCAUGUCGUACCUCUUCACGCAGCAGGCGCCGCGGGCCGGCGUGCCAUGGGUCGACAUCGCCGGGCUGUUUGUCGGGUACGUGCACUACUUGCUCAACGACAACCUCAAGCCCGACGAGGCGGUGCCCACCCUCCUCAAGGAGAAGGGCAGGGCCGCCGACGCAAAGGCGGCCAGGGCGGCCGGCGCGAAGGGCGGGGGCGGAGGAGGCAAGCCGGGCGACAGGCGGCGGAAAGCUCGCAUCGUGACGGUCGGCGCCGGCGCCUCGUGCGGCGCCGGCGGCUGAGGCUCGUAGGCUGCGCGCGGCUCGGGCGCGGCGUGCGGCCGCUCCUAUCGACGUCCCGCCCUCCCGCCCGCCCCCCGCGCGUAGCCUCCCAGCGGCGUGCCGCACCGGCUCCCUCAGCUCAGCCGCUGUCGGCCGCUCGGCUGCUCCACGCCUCGCCACGCCUCAGCCACGCCUUGCGCGCCCGCUGACAUGAUGGCGCCACGGCAAGAUCCCUCCCCAGGGACGCUGUGGC